GUUUGUAUUGUGGUUUAAAGGCCAGACUGUACCCUUGUGAACAUGGAAUGACUGUUGACAGCUGGAUGAAUUUAAGAAAAAUAUAAGGUUACUAAAGAGGUCUAUGGGAUAACAUUUAGUGUUGUGUAACCUCAACACAUAACAGUGUUCUUAUAACAAUUUGAAUUAUGUCCCUUUAGUAUGGCGUGAUCUUUCUGAUAAGCCACAUCGGCCCUGGAAGGUUGUGUGAGUUGUUUAGAUACGUAUAAAGAGUCCAUUUCCUGUAUAUAAUGGAUAAGAGAUGUACAUACCUGGCUGCAGUGACUGUCAUGCUGGCCGCUGUGUGUUUAAAAGGCUCCGUUUGUCAAGUGUACAGCUGGAGUGUUCCUGUCCCACUCAACAUCAGUGUGUGUGGUAACAGCCUGAGUAACCCACUGACCUUGGAUUGGACUUACACUCCCACAACUCCAGAUCCAUUGAUUAUAGAAUGGUCAAAACAAGGAACGAACAGAAUAGUCUAUAACAUUGCAACAUAUUUUGGUGGUACAUUCAUACCAAGUGCUGUAUACACUGGAAGAGUCACAAGAACAGGAAGUACAGCAGAGAUUGCAAUACAAGGUCCACUGACAGCUGCAGAUGCAGGAAUAUAUCAGGUUUCUGUGACAGACAGUGGUGGACACAAUUUACCUGGUUUUGCAAAUGUGAUCUUUCCAGUUGUAAAUGAACCUAUCAAGGGAUCCUGUGUGGAGACUGCCCCUGAUAGCUACACUGUGACCUGCUCAGGAGAUGUGUCACCACCUGUCACACUGCAGUUAAAGAGGGGCAGUGAUUUCGUUGACUCAGCUUCUUCCUAUAGUGGGUUGAGCCAGACAGUGAGCAGUGCUGGCACCUACCAGUGUUCUGUGACUGGACAGGGAUCAGAGUGUGUGACACCAAACUCCAAGGAAGUAAUCUGUACCUCUGGUUUACAGUCACGUGAGAAGCACCCCCGCACCAUCAGUAAACUCCCUCCAAACAUUCUGUUGCAGCGCGACACACGAGGCCGACCUUCCCCCCAUCGUCUUCUGACGAUUAGUCUGAAUGCCCUUGAAGCUGAUCAAUCCAAUUCUGAAACGUAGCAGGCUGCUGACCUGUUGCAGGUGGUUUAUAUUACGAGCCAGGGCCCCUAUCGAAAGGAUCCUAGCGCUAGGAUAUCCUAACUUUUAUCCUAGAGUCUGGGAUAGGUGUCCUACCUUAUUCUCUAAAAGUAUCCUAGCGCUAGGAUAUCCUAACUUAGGCCAAAUACUAGGAUAGGGUCUGACUUGUCCUAAAUAAAUCCUAGACGAAAACAA